AUGCUCGUCAAGCUGCCAAAAGAAGGAGGUAUUCAGUGCCAGAGCUUCCAAAGGACAUAUGGGAUCAUAUACUUUCCUUGCUGCCACUGCGGGAUGCUGCUCGACCUGGUUGUGUGGCUUCAGAUUGCCGUUACUCCGGGUAUUGAAGAAGUCGUACUUUCAGUGCCAAUGCACCGGAGAAAGUACAGAUGCGGGCCUCACAACGGGUACGAAUGGGUGCCUUACAACUUCCCCUGCUCAGUUUUUUCCAACGGGAGUGGAAACUCGAUUCGGCAUCUUCACCUCGCCAGUUGUGCCUUCCACCCUGUUGCCGGACUUGCUCGCUUGACAAGGCUGCAUCUGUUUAGGGUGGACAUUACAGGAGAUGAGUUAGGGUGCCUACUUUCUAAUUAUUUUUCUAUGGAGGAGCUGAAUCUCACUAAAUGCGGUAACGCCAUUCACCUGAAGAUACCUUGCCUGCUACACAGGCUCAACUGCCUGGUGGUGCUGCAGUGCGGAGCUCUAAAAAAGAUAGAAAAUGAAGCUCCAAAUCUUUGGAUUGUUCGCAUCGAUAGCCAACCAGAGAAAGUUCCAGUUGGAGAUGUAUUGCAAGUGAAGGACCUCCAAAUGCUGGAUUUUUACGAAUCUAACGUCAUUCAUUAUGCUCGUGCCAAGCUUCCGUCCAUUAUGCCAAAUCAUGAAACCCUCAGCCUAGGAUCGACCGGGGAGGUGCUCAAUACGCCAAUCUUACCUGUCAAAUUCCUCUACCUCAAGAACUUGUGGAUUUCUCUUUGUGAUUGAGGGAUGAAGGGCUUUUCCCCAGGCUACGAUUAUUUUUCUCUCGUUUCUUUUCUGGAUGCUUGUCCC